CCCUCCCCGCCCGGGACUCUCCUUAAGGCCCGCGUCCGGGGCGCCGUGCGCUCCCCGAGGGGUCCAGGCCCCCCUAACGGGACGGCUCCCGCUUCCCCGGGCCUGCCCCGCGCCGCCCUCCGCUACCCCGCACUCGUCCGGAACUCUUCCCCGGCCGCCUCACACUCACCGACGCCCACGCAGGAGCCCGAGCCCGCGGGGACGGCCGCCGCCUCUGCGCUCCGAUUCCCGCGGGGACCCCCGAGCACCCCUUCCCCGAUCGCUCCCUAGUCCGGGGCCACUGGAAGACACCCCCUAAUUGGGGCGGUACCCGAGCUGCGCAGGUUCCCGGCGCCGGGCUGGGCACCGCCAUCCCCAGGGCCACAAGCCCAGCGCCCCUGCGCAGCGCCCCGCAGAGGCCCCCUCCGAGGCCCAGGACGCCCCCUCCCGCGGAGACUCCAUCUCUAUUUUUUGGGAAGGGGAGGCUCAGCGGAAGCCCCGAGUUAUAAUUAGCGCCACUCGGGUUUCCUAGUUAAUCUCCAGCAGCACCACCACCCCCAGCUCAGGGCGGCGGGGGCUGGGCUAGGGGUGACCGGCGGGAGAGGGGGGAGUUCCCACCCGGGGAAUUUUGAUCCUUUGGCUGGAGAUGCCGGAACCGUAGCAGCUGCUGCCCCCAAAAUAGCGCCCCCCGCCCCUGCAGCCGGGGAUCUCCGGAGUCCCGGGAACGCAGGCGUCCCGGCUCGCCCUUCAGGCGGCUCUGCAAGGCCCUCGAGCCCCCAGGCCCCCUCCCCAAGUUCCCGGCUCCCGGCUCGGGGCGGGGAGCGCCGACCUUUUCUCGGUCUCUACUGCCCUCCGCCGGCGGCGGCGUGCACGGCAGCUUCAGACGGAUGGGGGGCUCUCGAGUCCUGGGGGACGCGGGCUGGCGAGCCUGUUUGCUGGGGCUGGGCUGGGAGCGUGCGCAGCUGAUGGGAACCCGCGGGCAUCAGCGCUCGGUGCCAGACAUUGAAUGAGAAGGAGCAGGGUUGGGUGGGGAGUGGACUAGGCAGGAUUUGGGGGACCCCGGGACCUGAGGCUUCCACACCCUGAAUGCCCAGCCCACCGCCCCCCAGGGCCCCGGGUCUGGCUGACCCAGGAGAGCGGGGCUGCGCCUUCAGGCCGCCGCAAGCUCCCCCAGCGGCGCUGCCCGUCCGUGAGGCCGCGCCCCUGUCGGGUGGCCUGUUCGUGGACUGAGGCUUCUGGUGCCCUCACUGCACGAGCUGGGCCCGGCCCAGUUCCGGGAAGAGACGCUGCCUGCCCUGCAGCCAUGAGGCCCCCGCAGUGUCUGCUGCACACGCCUUCCCUGGCUUCCCCACUCCUUCUCCUCCUCCUCUGGCUCCUGGGAGGAGGAGUGGGGGCUGAGGGCCGGGAGGAUGCAGAGCUGCUGGUGACGGUGCGUGGGGGCCGGCUGCGGGGCAUUCGCCUGAAGACCCCCGGGGGCCCUGUCUCUGCUUUCCUGGGCAUCCCCUUUGCGGAGCCACCCAUGGGACCCCGUCGCUUUCUGCCACCGGAGCCCAAGCAGCCUUGGUCAGGGGUGGUAGACGCUACAACCUUCCAGAGUGUCUGCUACCAAUAUGUGGACACCCUAUACCCAGGUUUUGAGGGCACCGAGAUGUGGAACCCCAACCGUGAGCUGAGCGAGGACUGCCUGUACCUCAACGUGUGGACACCAUACCCCCGGCCUACAUCCCCCACCCCUGUCCUCGUCUGGAUCUAUGGGGGUGGCUUCUACAGUGGGGCCUCCUCCUUGGACGUGUACGAUGGCCGCUUCUUGGUACAGGCCGAGAGGACUGUGCUGGUGUCCAUGAACUACCGGGUGGGAGCCUUUGGCUUCCUGGCCCUGCCGGGGAGCCGAGAGGCCCCGGGCAAUGUGGGUCUCCUGGAUCAGAGGCUGGCCCUGCAGUGGGUGCAGGAGAACGUGGCAGCCUUUGGGGGUGACCCGACAUCAGUGACACUGUUUGGGGAGAGCGCGGGAGCCGCCUCGGUGGGCAUGCACCUGCUGUCCCCGCCCAGCCGGGGCCUGUUCCACAGGGCCGUGCUGCAGAGCGGUGCCCCCAAUGGACCCUGGGCCACGGUGGGCAUGGGAGAGGCCCGUCGCAGGGCCACGCAGCUGGCCCACCUUGUGGGCUGUCCUCCAGGCGGCACUGGUGGGAAUGACACAGAGCUGGUAGCCUGCCUUCGGACACGACCAGCGCAGGUCCUGGUGAACCACGAAUGGCACGUGCUGCCUCAAGAAAGCGUCUUCCGGUUCUCCUUCGUGCCUGUGGUAGAUGGAGACUUCCUCAGUGACACCCCAGAGGCCCUCAUCAACGCGGGAGACUUCCACGGCCUGCAGGUGCUGGUGGGUGUGGUGAAGGAUGAGGGCUCGUAUUUUCUGGUUUACGGGGCCCCAGGCUUCAGCAAAGACAACGAGUCUCUCAUCAGCCGGGCCGAGUUCCUGGCCGGGGUGCGGGUCGGGGUCCCCCAGGUAAGUGACCUGGCAGCCGAGGCUGUGGUCCUGCAUUACACAGACUGGCUGCAUCCCGAGGACCCGGCACGCCUGAGGGAGGCCCUGAGUGAUGUGGUGGGCGACCACAAUGUCGUGUGCCCCGUGGCCCAGCUGGCUGGGCGACUAGCUGCCCAGGGUGCCCGGGUCUACGCCUACGUCUUUGAACACCGUGCUUCCACGCUCUCCUGGCCCCUGUGGAUGGGGGUGCCCCACGGCUACGAGAUCGAGUUCAUCUUUGGGAUCCCCCUGGACCCCUCUCGAAACUACACGGCAGAGGAGAAAAUCUUCGCCCAGCGACUGAUGCGAUACUGGGCCAACUUUGCCCGCACAGGGGAUCCCAAUGAGCCCCGAGACCCCAAGGCCCCACAAUGGCCCCCGUACACGGCGGGGGCUCAGCAGUACGUGAGUCUGGACCUGCGGCCGCUGGAGGUGCGGCGGGGGCUGCGCGCCCAGGCCUGCGCCUUCUGGAACCGCUUCCUCCCCAAAUUGCUCAGCGCCACCGCCUCGGAGGCUCCCAGCACCUGCCCAGGCUUCACCCAUGGGGAGGCUGCUCCGAGGCCCGGCCUCCCCCUGCCCCUCCUCCUCCUCCACCAGCUUCUCCUCCUCUUCCUCUCCCACCUCCGGCGGCUGUGAACACGGCCUCUUCCCCUACGGCCACAGGGGCCCCUCCUCUAAUGAGUGGUCGGACCGUGGGGAAGGGCCACACUCAGGGAUCUCAGACCCAGUGCCCCCUCCCUCCUCAAACCGAGAGACUCACACUGGACAGGGCAGGAGGAGGGGGCCGUGCCUCCCACCCUUCUCAGGGACCCCCACGCCUUUGUUGUUUGAAUGGAAAUGGAAAAGCCAGUAUUCUUUUAUAAAAUUAUCUUUUGGAACCUGAGCCUGACAUUGGGGGGAAGUGGGAGGCCCCGGACGGGGUAGCACCCCCCAUUGGGGCUAUAACGGUCAACCAUUUCUGUCUCUUCUUUUUCCCCCAACCUCCCCCUCCUGUCCCCUCUGUUCCCGUCUUCCGGUCAUUCUUUUCUCCUCCUCUCUCCUUCCUGCUGUCCUUCUCCGGCCCCGCCUCUGCCCUCAUCCUCCCUCUCGUCUUUCGCACAUUCUCCUGAUCCUCUUGCCACCGUCCCACGUGGUCGCCUGCAUUUCUCCGUGCGUCCUCCCUGCACUCAUGCCCCCCCUUCCACCCGCCCAAAUGUCCGAUCCCCGACCUUCCUCGUGCCGUCCUCCCCUCCCGCCUCGCUGGGCGCCCUG